AUGCAUGGUGUUGACCAACAACAUAACGUAGCGCAACAGCAGCAACAUCGUCUACAACAGCAACCACAACCACAGUUCUAUCCCCAAGAACCUAUUUUUCAAAGACAAUUACCGAUAUAUGAAAAUGGUCAGCAUCAGUUCCCACAAGGUGCGGUUGAACAGAGGCGAUAUCAGCCUCGUCAGCCAACUUUGGGCGAUUAUAUUCCUCAGCAAAAUAAAUUACCUCAGAAUACAGCUGAUCGAAGACCUUACCGAUCUCGACAGGCAAUCUCGGGUAGUUUUGCACAGGAUCAAAGACCAAUAAUACAGGAAAAUAGGAAUUUUCAGAAGAGACCUAUUCUUGUAGAUUAUUGGCCAAAGCGCGAAUAUAAUCCAUGGCAGAAUGGGCAAAGACCGUUCGUGCCAGGAUGGAGCAAUCAAGGGUAUGCAAGAGAUUUUAACGGUUGGCAAGGGCAAAGACAGCAGCAGUCUUUCAUCGGUUACAAUGGUCCACAUUUCAAUGGACCUAUGAACCAGGAAAGCGGCGCUGUCUAUGCACCACAACAACGGCAGCAACGGGCUCGUUUGAAUCGAAAGAGACAUGAACGUAGAGCACGCAUGCCUGACCGGUUAAAUAAUCAAACUGAUGCUCUGCGAGUCAAUAAUCGUUUCGCCCAUUUUGAAACAAUAGACCAAGACGAAGUUAAGCCUGAUGAAACCACAUCGGCUGUACCGUCAGCUAUAAGUAAAAAUGAAAAGGCACCGACGAAAAAAUCGAAAAAGUCGAAAAAAACUAGAAAGGCAGAAGCUCAAAUAAUUAAACCAGUCUCAUUGGACCUAGACGGCGAUGCGAACGGGCAUAUUUCUGAACAAAACCCUAAUGAAUAUAAGAGUCGACCCUACUUGAGGGCUGACCAUAUUCGACGGUAUUUGUAUAGCCUGUCUAAACCUUCUGAUAUCGGUCCUACCGCCCGACAUAUAAACAGAUUUGUCACUGUCUCAGCACCAAUAUAUGAUGCCUGGAUCCGAGACAACUACGAAUAUCAAGUAGUUGAAAAACUUCUGGAGAUAGGCACCAAAGAUAAGCACUGGGCGCACGAGAUAGUGAAAAAGUCAACAAGUCGUGACGAUAACGUCAAUCGGCAGUACUGUAUUGAUAGAAUAUCCGAGCUUCAAAGAGCCAUUUCGAAUCAUGGGAAUGCAGUAACGAAACUGCAAAGCGAAUUGAUAGCAUUUGCACCAUACUAUAAUGAUGUCCCGGGUAACAUUAAUAAUAAUGGUACCGCAGUGACACAUGAGGAAGUAGCGGCGCAAAAUGCUCGUAAACCUAGAAUGCACAUCAGACUCGCUGACAAUACAAUACAAGAAUACUUGAAAAUACAUACUAAAAAGUGUGCAGAAAUUUGUGCUAAUCGAGUGCACACAGCAUAUGCUGAACUCAAAGAGUUUGAAAACCUAAAAACAUUUGAGGAAAAGGCUACGCCAUUACAGCGAGCACAUGUAAAGAUACUAAAAGGGAAAUUAGACAUCCAAUAUGGAAAACAGAAAAACGUCAAUUUCCUUAAGAAUCAAAUACAAAUGGGAAUAAUACCGAAAACGAUACCCAAAAUACAAUUCAGCCCGCACCUCGAUGAUCGCGUACUUAAACAAGAUAAACUUAAAGAGCUUAAGCGCAUCAUAGAUACGGUAAUUGAUAAAUUUCAAGUCACAACAGCAGAAACGCUCGUGCUAAUAGCCGAAGUCGAACUGGCGUCCAUCGACCAGGAGAUACAAGAACUGGACAAUUCUAUGCCGCCAAACUUCGAACCUGGAGAUAACGAAGAGCCGAAAGCGAGCGAUUUGUAUAAACUCUAUUUCGAAGCUCGGCAGAAGAGCAGCGCGAGGCCGAGUAAAUCAUCUGAUUAUAAAGAUAAGGUCGGAAAGUACAUGCAAAAAACUAAUGCGUAUGAGACAAUCGGGGAUAAAAACCCAUUGCAAGAGUUAGUCGUGAAAACUAACCAUUUUCUGCGCCGUCUAUGGCAAGAAAAGAAAAUAACGCAAAAGCAUGUAGAACAAAUGUCAGUCGACUCGGCUACGGCAGAAUUGGCACAUUUGUAUUUCUUGCCAAAAGCACAUAAACCGAAUACCCCUCUGAGACCCAUAGUGGCUGGAAUAAAAUCUCCACCUAUGAAGAUCUCAAAGUUUCUAGACCAACAGCUUCGACCAAUAUUCGAUAGAAUGGCCAAAGGUUCGUCGGUUACAGGCGGUAUUUAUUUGGUUGAACGAUUACGAAAAUGGGCACAUUAUAGACUGACGAAUGAUACGAUAUUCGUUACGAUCGAUGUGUCAGAUUUAUAUACAAUGGUUCCACAAAAAGGCGGGUUAGAAGCAAUCAAAAAGAUGCUAGAGACUCUCAAAGUA